UACAGUGCGCCAUGGCAGCGACCGUGGCUAUUUUCUCCCUGAUACUAAUAACGACUCAGCCUGUCCACUCGCAGGAGUCCUUCAUGAGCUCCUUAUUAUCAGAUCUAUUGGAAACGCUUGACACGCAAGUUGAUGCCAAGAACUGUCCUGGGGUUUGCAUGAAUGCCAUGGCCUCAUUCAUCUGCUCCAAUGUGCUGGAGGAGAUCACGUGCCCCAACCCUUCCAUGAAGUGCUGCGUUGAUGAGCCAAUUGGAAACGACACGAUAACAACAAAUAAACCAUUUACAACGCGCUACACAACAACCGAAUCGGAUUCUGACGAAGAAGACUUUACGACAAAGCCGCCAAACGACAAAUACAAAGACAGUGGUAAUAUAGCUUGUCCUGGUGUCUGCGUUGAGUCUCGCCUGAGCCAAUAUUGUGAGGCGUAUCUCACAUCUAGUGGUCUAUGCGUCUCUGGCAGAUCGUGCUGUGUUUCUGAAGAUGGAUUUGGUGACAGAAGGCCUCCAGAUCUGGUGGUACCGGGUGAAAAGAAAUAUACGACAAAACGCCCUAUAACUGCGCUAACAACUACUGCCGCUCCAAAACAAAAACCUGGACGGAAAUGUAGAGGGGAAUGCGUAAGCGGUCUUUUAUAUCUACUAUGUGGAAACGUGGAUGAGGACGCCUCAUGUCCGGCUGACGAGAGUUGCUGUCUCAGCGACUCCACCACGGAGGUCGCAACGAGACGACCACAUACAACGCCAAGGCCGACAACACCAGCUCCACUGCCAAGAUGUCCGGGCUAUUGUAUUAUGAACUUAAUAAAAGGUCUGUGCGAGCGGCCUGCAGUACUGAUUAGUAACACGAAUUGUAAACUAAGCGGUACCACCUGUUGUGAUAACACAAGAAUACCACCACGUACGACAACACGGCCGACAACAACAACUACGACUACCACAACAACACCAGCGCCCAUCGAUCCGCGGCCUGACUGUCCCGGCUCUUGCAUCGUCUCCUUGCUGUCGUUUACGUGCUUCCGUAACGCAGAAAUGACUGACGUAUUCAAGUGUAAGAAGGCAGGCACACAGUGUUGCGCGCCAAAAUCGAAGGUUCUGGAAGUGAUUGGCGUCAAUCGUAACGAUUCCUUCCCAUUGGGUACUACUCACACAUACACACCGCAUACUCACACAGUGGCCCACACGUUACCAUACACAUCACCUCUACCUCAAUACGAACCUAACUACGCUACAACUCUGAGAACACCAGAGAAAUACAACAAAUAUGUCUGCGGGGUCAAAGGAACGUCAUCUCGUGCUGGGCGCGUGAUGGGCGGCGAGGACGGGGAGCGCGGCGAGUGGUGCUGGCAAGUGGCGCUCAUCAACUCCCUCAACCAGUACCUGUGCGGCGCCGCGCUCGUGGGCACGCAGUGGGUGCUCACCGCAGCGCACUGCGUCACUAAUAUUGUUCGCUCCGGCGAUGCUAUCUACGUGCGAGUUGGUGACCACGACUUGACACGAAAAUAUGGGUCACCAGGCGCGCAAACGCUGCGUGUGGCCACCACUUACAUCCACCACAACCACAACAGUCAGACCCUGGAUAACGAUAUCGCACUGCUCAAGCUUCAUGGAAAAGCCGAACUUAAAGAAGGCGUAUGUUUGGUGUGUCUGCCGGCGCGCGGUGUGAGCCACGCGGCGGGAAAACGCUGCACGGUGACCGGCUACGGUUACAUGGGAGAAACGGGUCCUAUACCACUGCGCGUGCGCGAAGCCGAAUUGCCGAUCGUCAGCGACGCGGAGUGCAUACGCAAAGUAAACGCGGUCACCGAGAAGAUAUUCAUACUGCCAGCGAGCUCAUUCUGCGCUGGUGGCGAGGAAGGGAAUGACGCGUGCCAGGGUGACGGUGGCGGUCCUUUGGUAUGUCAAGAUGAUGGCUUCUACGAAUUAGUCGGUCUUGUGUCUUGGGGCUUCGGUUGUGGACGACGUGACGUUCCCGGUGUAUACGUGAAAGUAUCCGCUUUUAUUGGUUGGAUUAACCAAAUUAUAUCUGUCAAUAAUCUUUAAGUUAUUCAAAAACUUAUAAAAUGAAGUGGACAAUCUUUUUGAAUUCAACAAUUUUAGACUCAAUAGCAUAAGGGGCUGCUGGGCCGCCUUCUUGUCAGGUUAUUGACGUGCACACUUGAAAAGCUUUACGCUUAAAUGGAAAACGAAUGUGUCAAACUAUUUAUUUGAAAAACUAAUUACAACAAUAAUUAUUAUUUUUAUAACUUAAUGUUACGUUUUUAUUUAAUUUAUUUCAAAUUUACGCAAAAAUUCGAAAGUCAAAAACAGAGGCACAACUUUUAAUUUGUACACGCAAGAUUAAAAGGGGUUUCAAAUAUGAAUAGAAUUUUAUGAAAAAUAAUAUAUAUUUAUUAAGUUAGACUUCUUUAAGCGCAUUUAAAUUUGAUGCAUUCAACUAUCGUUGUCACUAUCAUUGACAGUCACUUGUACGGUGUUGCAAGCGUUAUUUUUUUAAUAAUUUAGCGAAAAGUUUUAAGUCUUUAAUUCUAUGCGCUUUUAAUUUUAAUUUGAUUAGAUUGGUUACUUCAUUUUAGUUUCGCUGUUAAGUUUAUCUGUGCGCUUACAUCUUUUUUAUUAAAUAGAAAGUGCUUAGGAAUUGGCCUAACGUUUCGUUAUUUUUUUAUGAAAUAAGCAGGUUGAUUUAUUAUUCUAUAAUCACUGUAAGCGCACAUUUGUAAAAAAGCUGAGAUAGUAGCGGUUGGCUUUCCUUUUUUGUUUAAAUUAAUAUUGAUCGUGUAUUAUCUGUGGUGCAUAAAAUUAUAUGAAAACUUCAAAGGAAAGUCUACCUUGAUAUAAUGUUAU